AUGAAAGAAUAUUUCUCAAAAUGUUUAACACUGUAUAAACACAUUUCUUUAUUAGGCAGACGCCACUGGGGUAUGCAAGUUUUGAAAAACUUGAAAAAGCGACAUGAUUUUGUCUGUAGUAAAAGUAUUUCGAAGAUUGGACCUUCCACGAGCAAAAGUGAAGGACAAAGUUACACUGAUACACAACUGUUCUCGUUUCUACAGUUUGUAAAACUUGAUAAACUGUCUGCAGCUGAAUUGUUUAUACAUACAAGACACUUAGAAGCAUUAGAGAGAGGAGAUGACACAUACAAGGAUCCAGCUACAGGGAAUGUUGUGUUUACAAGACUUGCACACUUGAGGAGAGGCCAGUGCUGUGGGAGUGCCUGUAGACAUUGCCCAUAUGGACAUAAAGGAGUCCUACCAGACAGACCCAAGAAAACAUACAAUUCUGCUUUCUAUGUAUAA